CCGUGUUAAUCUACCUGCAAUGGUAUAAUGUGAACCCCUCUCCGGGAGGCGAAUCCGAAAAUUCCAACAUGCUCAACCUCAAACUAGAAACCAGCGCGGAUUCUACUGACUCUAAAUCCCAUACAAAAAGGCCACGCAGCCGCUCAAUGUUCGUCCGAUGACUUGACUGGUUUCUUGUCCGCCCACCGUCACCACACCAAAAGAAAGAAACACCGUCAAUCGAGACUCUGCAAAAUGAAGUCUUUCUUUGCCCUCGGCGCCCUCGUCACCGCCGUCGCCGCGCAGGCUCCUGCGUGGGCGCAAUGCGGUGGGACCGGCCACACCGGCCCGACCACUUGCGUUUCGGGGCAUUCGUGUGUUGUGGUGAACGAAUGGUACAGUCAAUGUCAGCCUGGAGCGUCCAACCCUCCCGGUAAUGGCGGCGGCAGUGGUGGUGGUGGUGGCGGCAACGGCAAGUUCACCUUCUUUGGCACCAACGAGGCCGGAGCUGAGUUCGGCAGCGACACUCUCCCCGGUACCUGGGGCAAGGAGUACACGUUCCCAGAGACGUCUACCAUUGAUACCUUGAUGAGCCAAGGCUACAACACCUUCCGUGUCUGCAUGGCAAUGGAGCGUCUGGCAGACAAGGGGCUGACGGGAGCCUUUAACCAAGCCUACCUCCGCAACCUGACGACAGUAGUCAACCACAUCACAAACAAGGGCGGCUGGGCGGUCAUCGACCCGCACAACUACGGCCGGUUCAACAAGAACAUCAUCACCGACACCUCUGCCUUCAAGACCUUUUUCGUCAACCUUGCCACGUCCUUCAAGAGCAACAACAAGGUGGUCUUUGACACCAACAACGAGUACAACACCAUGGACCAGGACCUCGUGCUCCGGCUGAACCAGGCCAGCAUCGACGGUAUCCGGGCCGCCGGUGCGACGUCGCAGUACAUCUUCGUCGAGGGCAACGCGUGGUCGGGAGCCUGGUCCUGGAACACGACCAACGACAACAUGAAGGCCCUCACGGACCCGCAGAACAAGCUCGUCUACGAGAUGCACCAGUACCUCGACUCGGACUCGUCGGGAACCUCGCCAGACUGCGUCAGUGCAAACAUUGGCGUCCAGCGCAUCGUGGGCGCGACCGAGUGGCUCAGGGCGAACAAGAAGGUCGGCAUGAUUGGUGAGUUUGCAGGCGGUCCCAACGAUCAGUGCAAAGCCGCCGUCAAGGGCAUGCUGGACCACAUGAAGCAGAACAGCGACGUGUGGAUGGGUGCUCUGUGGUGGGCUGCUGGGCCUUGGUGGGGUGACUACAUGUAUGGGUUCGAGCCGCCUUCUUCGACGGCGUAUGUCUACUACAACAGUUUGUUGAAGACAUAUCUGUGAGGGGCGUUGGAUGAUCAGGUAUGUGAGUGGUUGGUGAGAGUGUAAAGUAAAUGUUUUUAUCGACACUUUGAGGCCAAAAACAAAGGUUAUUCAC